GGAAUGCGAUGGCGGAGUCGCUGCCCCUGGAGAUGCUCACAUAUAUUCUGAGCUUCCUGCCUCUGUCAGAUCAGAAAGAGGCCUCCCUCGUGAAUCGGGCUUGGUACUGUGCAGCCCAGAAUGCACUUCGGGAGACAAAUGUGCAGUACAGCAUCCCUGUGUCCUCUGCCUCCCUCCCGGCCAUCAAGAGCCUGGGCCUCAGGGGCAUCACCUGCAUCAGCCUGACCAACCUGGAUGACUCACCAGCUUCGCACCAAGUGCUGGAGUCCAUUGCCUACCACUUGGGCCCGCACCUGCAGAGCUUGUGCCUCAGUGGGGGCAGCCCCUCGGAGGCUGCCUUCGUGGCCCUGAUCCUGGGCUGCCCAGCCCUGCGUAUCCUUGAUCUCAGUGGCUGCAAUAGCCUCUUCACAUCGGGCAUGCUACUAGCUCAGCCCGAGACAGCACAGCGGGUCCAGCUGGUGUUGAGUGGCCUCUGUGAGCUCAACUUGGCUGGCCUGCGGGACCUGACGGACCUCAGCUUCAACCGGCUCAGCAGCUGUGCCCCCAGCCUGGAGCGCCUCUCCUUGGCCUACUGUCACCUCACCUUUGAAUUAGGCCCAGCCUGGGGCUCCUUUGCCCCCCGAGACUCCUCCCCUUCCCAACUCUCCUUCCACAACCUGCUACAGUUCGUGAAGGAGAGGGCUGGUAGGCUGCACGCCCUGGACCUGAGUGGCACUGGCUUGCUCCCUGAGGCACUGCAGGCCCUGGGUCAGGUGGCUGGGCUGCAGCUGCAAGAGCUGAGCCUGCACGGCUGCCAGGACCUCUCCACAGAGGCUGUGGCCGCCCUUUGCCGCCUACAAUCAGGCCUGACCUCCCUGGACCUCAGUGGCUGCUCAGAAGUGGCCGAUGGGGCACUCCUGGCCAUAAGCCGGGGCCUGGAGCACCUGCAGCGCCUCAGCCUGAGGAAGCUGCAGCGGCUGACGGAUGCAGGAUGUACAGCCCUGGGAGGCCUGCGGGAGCUGCAGAGGCUGGACCUGGCAGAGUGCUGCCUGGUGAGUGGGCAGGGCCUGGCCCAGGCCCUGGAUUCGGGGCACAGAGCUCCAGCCCCACUGGCCUCUCUCAGCCUGGCCUACUGCUCCUCACUCAAGGAUGCCUCAGUGCUCUCCCUGAUCCCAGUGUUGAGCCCAAACCUCAGGGUGCUAGACUUAUCUUCCUGUGUGGCCCUCACCAACAGGACCCUGCAGGCCAUCUGUGCCUACUUAACCCACCUCUCAGUCCUGCGCCUGGCCUGGUGCAAGGAGCUCCGAGACUGGGGGCUUCUCGGACUGAGAGAACCAAGUGAAGAGCCUACACAGGAGCCCCAGCUACAUGGAGAGCUGGAGCAUCAGGCCUUGGGCCCCAAGGACCCUUCUCCCCAGCCACAGGGCCCUUCCCUGCUCAUGCUGCGGGCCUUGCAGGAGUUGGACCUCACAGCCUGCAGCAAGCUAACUGAUGCCAGUUUGGCCAAGGUGCUCCAGUUCCCUCAGCUGAGGCAACUGUCACUAAGCCUGUUGCCAGCACUCACAGACAAGGGCUUGGUGGCUGUGGCCAAGGGCUGCCCCAGCCUGGAGCGCUUGGUGCUGAGUCACUGCAGCCUCCUCAGCGAUGAGGGCUGGGCCCAGGCAGCCAGCUCCUGGCCGAGGCUGCAGCACCUCAACCUAUCCAGCUGCCCUCAGCUCACAGAGCAGACUCUGGAUACCAUUGGGCAGGCAUGCAAGCAGCUCCGGAUGUUAGAUGUGGCCAUGUGUCCUGGUAUCAGCAUGACUGCCGUUAGGCACUUCCAAGCCCAACUGCCCCAGGUGACCUGCAUCCAGUCCCGCUUCGUGGGAGGGGCUGACCUGACCUUGACGCUCUAGGGGCAGGUCAGUAACCAACCCUGUGGCUCAGCCUCUAUUGCCCUGAGUCCCCAGCCCUGGCCUCUUGACCUAGAGUUUGACUCAGUGCCUCCUAACCUCCUCUGCCAAAUACCCCAAAGCCCCUUCCCCAAGCUACAAACCCCUUUUCUAGGACUGGGGAUAGAACUAAUCCAGGGCAGCACAGGGGGCUUCCUGCCCCAGUCUGCCCUACAGCCCAGCAGGAGCCUCUUCCAGCUAUCGGUUGCUGCCACAGGCCCAUAGACAUGCCAGCUCCUACUCUCCUGGCCAGGCCUGGAUCUGGAGGCCAGGCCCACAGGUGGGAUGCGUCUGGUGUUGGAGAGGAGCCGACCUGUGCUUCUUGUCCUGCCCACUUCUCACACCUAAGGCCCGUGCCUCCCCUUGUUCCCUAUAAGGAGCUUUCCCAGCCCUUACCAGCACUGAGUUUUAGCCGCCAAGCCACAGACUUUGUUGUAAACCCAAACAAGAUUAAAAAUUCCAGAUCUCA